AUGUGUGCACCCAUCGCAAUUUACUAUAUUGAAGUGUCGCGCGGGUUCCCACACCCUUUCUUUCCGACCAUCUCGCCAUCCCUGGCAUCGGCCCCUCGCCGACGCUGGGGGGUUUCCCCUCUCGCCCUCGCUCUUCCCGUCCUUUGGGUUCUCCUCAUCAUCCGACUUUGGGCCCACGGGUUUCACAAAGUGUUGGAAAGCCUCCGCCGUGCUUCCUUCUCGUCACCCAUAGCUCUGGAACAUCUCCAGGACUUCAUCUACUUUGCUUACACCUUCUACAUCGGCCUCCUCGAGGAACCAGCCGUCUUGGAGGACGAUCUCGCAGCCGUCCUUUCUUCCUCGAUCUCGUCGAUGCAGGCGGUCGACGCUGUCUAUGCCCCGUACGUCCACGAGCUCCCAUACCGCAUUCCCGCCUCUAACUCGCAGCUAAAUCUUGCUCGACCACAACUCGAUGUCCGGCUCGGCUCGUCGUCUGUCUCCCCGGUACGCUUCCGUUUCCUUUCACUCUCCGCCUUCAUUCGUUCAUCGCCCGUCGUCGGUACUCCCUCCUUACACUUACGUCUAUCACCAUUUGUCGGUCCGAUUGCACACCUGGCAUUCCUUUUCUGUCCCAUCAAACCACCCUCAGGCACACUCCGAAACGGCACACCAUCCAAACCCGGCCCUGCUGCACCAUCAUCCCGUCGCAAAACUCCCCUCUCAUGCGCUCCUGCACCUCCAGACACUGAUGGCAGCGCAGCACUUCCUGACGGACCGUUCAAGGAGUACAAGCUCAUGUCCUCCGCGUCGAACGACUAG